CAGCAGUUGUCCACGAGAAAACCUAAACUCAGGUCAUGGUGGGGUGUUGAGAGGGAUGAAAUUCCAACUUCUGAGACGCCGCACAUCACCAGGAAAAAUUUCACUCGUCACAGUAACGAUUUUGUUGGCAGUCUGGAUGCGCUGCAGGGACACGAAAUGGUGGAAAGGCCGUCUACUUGUUCCGCAUUUUUUCCGUCGAAGACAUCGAAAAGUAGCACUAGAGGGGCAAGGAAGGAACUGCAUCCAACGCACAAAGAAACGUCCAGCUCAUUCGCUUGUUCUUCCAUGGGGAUCGGUUCUUCAAUGGGCCGUGGCCAAUCCUGCUCGUCAGCAGCCUCAUCUUCUUACAGUUGCACGGCUCGUCAACCCGCAGCAGUACCAGUACCAGGUGGAGCAGUAGGUGCAUUAAGGCCCCUCAUUUCUCCAAAAUUCUUCUUGUUUCAUGAAAACUAGCUCUCGGAGGGGUUGCAUUCGAAUAUGCUCUUCAGUCGGUCGUUGCAGUUGCCCUUCACGGUCCUUACUUAUUUUUUCUUCAAGCAGAAAGCAAAAAAUACGCCAAAGAAAAAGAUGACUUCCACGCCAAGAGCAUAUUAGGAAAAUUAUAGUAAGCUCUAAUAUCUAUGCAUGAGCAUGACGCAGCACUCGCACCACGAGAUUGGCCAGCCGUUCAACAGCACCCAGCAUCUUCUUCUGUAGCUCAGGACCGAUC